UUGAUACACGUACAUGUACCACCGAAUUUAUGACGUCCUUUAAAUCUUAAAUUUAACCAUCUGAUUCAAGUGAAUUAUCACUUCUAUAACUUAAGUCUCCUCGCAGUUUCAGAUACUUAUCACUGACCUCUAUUUAUAGGAUUGGAUAGUAAUGAUAGCUUUACGACUUGUAUCAGUUAGGGAAAUUGACUAUAUUGAGAGCGUAAUCAUGUGAUCACUGUAUAUAUUGCUGAUAUCGGAGCAGAUGGUUGAUUUCACAUCUAAUACUUUACAUGUAUCGGAUCAGAAAAUGAAGGAAAUUUUUUGGAAAGAUUUAUAGUUUAUUUUUCGAAGGAUUAUAUUUUUAACAUGACUAUUACAUUUCCUUCUAUAAACAGUGUGACAGAUUUGAAAAGAGAUAAUGCUGGACACGAUGGAAAACAAGGAGAUCACAGACAUCCAAUUGAUGAUCCUGUGGUGCAGGUUAUCAUCGCAGUGUGUUGUGCUGUUGUUAUUUCCUGUGUGAUUUUUGCAUGCAUCAUUUGCCUCAGACGACGCAAUUCUUCAGUGCGGCGUAAAUCUAGUCUUGGGCAUUUCUUUAUCACAAAUGAUGCUCCAUCACCAUUUGGAAUUGCUAGUUUGAACAGCCAGCUUUAUCGCUCACAAAGUGAGGAUAACAAAAAUGCUAUUGAUGACACAAAUUAUAAUACUUUUUUGUAUAGCGAAGAGUACCCACAAGAAGAGUAUUCCGAAUUGGAUAUGUCAGAUAGAUCGAGUACACCCUCCGGUGAUAGAUCAAGUACUCCUUCCGGUUCAGAUAUAAUUGAAACAAAUUUUAACGGUAGUCCUCAAAGUGACAAAUCCGCAUCUGACAUGAAUAAGAUUUCCGCUAUCAAGAAAUUGAGAAUGAUGAGAAGGGCAAAGUCUAUGGGAAACUUGACACAUGGGGUAGCUUCCGGUGUGAUUUAUAGAACAGAUAACGAGACAGUACUUACUCUUUGUUUAGAGUACCAUCAAGCUAACUCUGUGCUUAAUAUAGAUUUACAAGACGCCAUGGAUCUUCCUUUCAAAACACAAAAUUCUGAAGUGUUUAUUACCGCUCAUUUAUUCCCUAAAUCAAACGAAGGCAUAAACACGAAAGUAGUGCGCGUGGAUGAAAUUGUACAUUUUGACGAAAUUUUACAGUUUAGUAAUGUAUCUUUACAAGAUUUAGAACAUUGUACAUUAAGACUGUCUUUAUUUUCUAAGAAAAAAUCAAAGACCAACUUUAUUGGUGAAGCAUUUAUACAGUGUACUGAAAUAAAUAUAAAGUCGCCAUCUCCAACAAGAAUGGAAGUUGUUCUUCAAAGGAAAAGGCUAAAAAAGCAUUCUACUGCAGACAAACAUUUAAACAGCAAUCUGGGUGAAAUAUUUGUUUUGCUGCAGUAUAACAGUAUGGCCAAAAGAAUGAAAGUAUUUAUAAGACGAGCAGAACAUUUACCGAAAUCAGAUAGACUCCUUGGACAACCAGUCCAUUACAUUAUACUAAAUAUUUAUUUACACGGUGAACUUAUUAUGACCAAAGAAACAAAAACUGUGAGUGGAUACAGUCCGGUGUGGAACCAACCGUUCCUUUUUGACAUUCAUAAUUCCACUGUUGGUGAGCAUGCGCUUGAGCUUGUGAUAAUGAGAGGUCGUCGACACACAAGAGAUGGUGUUAUAGGCCGUGUGGUGAUAGCAAAACAUGGCCCAAAAUCGGGAGUCGAUCAUUGGUUGGAAAUGAUUCGGCCAUGUUCGCACGAAGUUGCUAAAUGGCAUAAUAUCCUUCCAGUAAUUAAAUUUGAGGCAUGAUAGACUUAGUUGAUUGCGACAUUAACAGGUUCUGCAAUCUGUGUUUAAACACUAUAUGAAUGCCUUCAAAAUGAUUUACAUGCUUUAAAACAAACUUAUGUGAUAUUUUCGUUUGUGAUGUCUUUCAACAUUUUCCAAAAAUCUUAUGUAUAGACGAGGGUUUGGAUGGGGUUACAGAAUAGAGAAUAACUGGCCAGUGCUACAGACAAAGGGCAAAAAAUAAAAAAUAGAAAAAAUAUGCCAAAAAAUAAAGAAUAGAGAGUAACGGGUGCUAAAAUAUAAAGAAUGGAGAAUAAAAGGCAAAAUUUAUAAAGAAUAGAGAAAAAAAGUUUAAAAAAAUAAAGAUUACAGAAUUAAAGGACACCCCAUCCAAACUUUCAUAGAUAGCGUUGUUUUACCUAGUCAUAUUGAUAAUUAUGGAAAUGUCUUGUUUUAUUGUUAUAUUUGUCUUAAAGUUUAUUUCGAAACAAUUAAGUGUUUUCGAAAUGAAAGGUUUUACUUUCAAUUAAGUCCAUUCUUAUUGAGAGAAAACAAAUCUCAUCAAAGAUACCAGGAUUAUAAUUGUUUACGUCAGACACACGUUUCGUCUACAAAAGACUUAUCAGUGACACGCGAAUUAAAACAGUUAAAAGGAAAAAAAAACAACAAAAAAAACGGUUAAAAGAGUAUUGAGGGCCAAUUAUCCAGAAAGGUAAUAUUUUCCUAAGGUAGAACAUUCUUAGUAUUUCAAACACUUCAAAGUUUUGUAAAGGUUUUGAAACCCAUUAAAAUGUAUCUGAUUUUAUUUUUGUGAAUAUAAGUAUUAUUUUAAAAAAGAAAAACAGUCGCCGUGAAAUAUUUUUGUUGAUGAAAUCAUAAAAGAUUUUAACUUUAUUAUAAUUAUAUGUUUUUGUAUGGUUCAGUGAAAUAUCUAUAUAACAUAAAUCGAAUGUUGUACAAACCUGGAAAUUUUAAUAUUGUUGAUUGCAUAGAUAUAAGAUAAUAUUUUAUAUUUUUCAUAUUUAUGUCUAGAAAUGUGUCGUAUUGCCCUCUAUAUUAUGAUUGCUUAUUGUUUUCAAAUAAAAGAUUUCACCACUU